AUGGUUGAACUUAUACAUACUCCCGAUCCCCGCACAUUACUGCCUCCCAUCCUGGCGUGCCUCCCCACCGCAUUUGUAUCGCCACGCCCUCCUCCGGCUCUUCUCCCUCUUUUGUCUCCGAUUUUGCGCCAACGAGUCCAGUUCCUCACUUCUGUCUCGGUUUCGCCAACGGAUUCAUGGCUCCGGCUACUUUCGUGGAAAUCAGAGAAAGGAGAGGAACUUCAGGCUCUUGUCGAUGGCACAAAUUUCGAGCCCCACCCCGUCUCGGGGGAGAUCGAGCUGCCCGAUGAACUGCCCGUGAGCUACAAACGGAUCGACGAAGAGACCCUCCAUGCACAGAUCGCGCUUCCCGAAUACUGCUUAAAGGCUAUUUACCUCUGGUGCCCGCCUGAUCAAGAGAAUGAAGGACCGGGCUGGCGACUGGCUGAACUACUACCUCGAGAAGGAGCGGCGGAGGAUGAAGAGACUUGGUCCACUUCAAUCGGGGAGGCGAAUGCACAGUCCAAGGAGAGAUUGAUGGAGGAUGCACUACGGACUGCGGAGAGUGAUGAACGUGCCAAGCAGAACGGUCAAGGACAGCAAGAGCAAGAAGAGGACGAAGAUGAUGCUGCAUACUGGGCCCAGUACGAUGCGACACCUGGACGAACUCCAGCUGUCAAGACACCAGCUCCUAAUCCUGCUUCCUCCCUAGAACAGCAGAAUGCAUCUGAGACAUCGUAUUUCUCGCGAUACGGCGAUGUACAGCCAGCCAUGGAUAACCAUGACCCUGAGGAGGAACAGCCCGAGGUGGGACCGACUUCCCUCAACGGGGACCUGCUGGCCAGUCUCCUGCAAAGGCAGGUUAAUGGCUCUGAAGCAGACUCAUCUGCGCAGAUUAACGGCUACCCGUCAGGAGCAGCCAACGAAGAGAGUGUCGCGUUACUCAAUCAUCCUCGUCCAUCGUCAGAUUCGACUGCCAGCUCCGAUGCAGUAGCAAAGCUGGAAUUGGAAGCGGAGAGCCGGUCUGCGUGCGAAGUAGGAGUCAAACAGCACAUCACCUCCAACAUCAAGAGUCUGUUCAGACUGGCCAAGAGCACGGGGAUCUCUCGAACGGAGUUUCAAUCUUUGGUCAAGACAGAAUUGGACUUGCUUGAUAUGACUGAUGUUGACGAGUAA